GGACUGCUCUUUGAUCCCCUCGUCCGCACCCCCUGAGGAGGAAAGCAAUGGGGCUUUUGCAAAAUUUUGGAACUCCUCACCGACAAAUGAUACUGCUCGGCCACAGGAGGGCAGGCGGUGAUGGCGUGUCUCCAGCCUUGCUCCCUCUCAUCACCAUAACAACCGCAUCCCACGGGGACAGAAGGAAGGAACGUUUGGGGGUGCCAGAGCUUAGGGAGCUUAGGGAAGGUGCGGGGGAGGGGUCUCACCUGUUGCUUCUUUUCUCUCAUUGGGGGUCUUCUGGUGUCUCGGGACACCCACUCACCCAGGAGGACAUCACCUCUGUAAGCCACAGAGGGACCACAAAUGUGGGGUGUGGUUUUUAAAAACUGAGCAUUUAAAAACCAGGGUAAUAUACAUACAAAUCUGGGUUUCUAGCUUCUUGUGAAAAAUCGAGCACCCUAGUGACCCCUAGGUCUUCAUUUACAUGGUGCAAAGCAGAGUGGCGGGUGCCUGUUAGGACUGGACAUGUGCUCGCCACCUGCCCCCUGUCUACUCACUGAGGUCAUGCAUCUGCAUUCUCUUAGAUAUUUGGUUGACGUUGGGGGAGAUGACCCUCCGUGGCCGUGAGAGGUGGCUGGGAGCUGGGAACUGCCCCCGGAGGGAGUGAGCGCCCCAUUGCUGGAAGCAGGCAACUAGAGGGUUGAUGGCCCCAUGGCAAAGGCCUAGGGGAACUUGAAGUGUUAGCUGACUUGGACUCCGGGGUCUUUGGGGAUCCACCAGCUCUGAGAACUGGCUGUUCUGAGACCUUCGAUGACAAAGCCCAGUAGCCUCGUGCACCCUCUGCUCUAUUCCCUUCCCUCUCACCCAUCGUAUUUUUCUUUUUCUUUUUAUUGCAAUGUGCAUGCAGACAAGUGCCCGGCUUCACAAAGUAAACACAAGCGUGUAUAACCUGAUCAGGAAACAAAGCGUGACUCGCCCCCCAGAAGAUUCUCUCCCGCCCCACCCUCCCCAGGACACUUUCCUGACCACUAACCCCAAGAUUGGUUUGUGUCCUUUUGAACUUCAUAUAAAUGGAAUGAGUAUUGCCCUUUCAAGCCCAGCUUCCUAUACUCAGCUUGUACUCUGAGACCCUUCUGUGCUGUCAUGGCAGCUGUCAUGUACUCAGGGUCUGUACUUGGCGUUUGGAGACGAGCUUUUGCUGCCUGCUCCAUCAGCACUGCCCUAAGCCUCUUCUACCCAGCUAUGCCAGCCAUGGUCUCUUUGCCUCCCCUCAACCGCCCCAGGAGGCAAGUGGUUCAGCUCUCAUUUCACAGAUAAGGAGACCGAGGCUCUGAGAGGACCACAGUGUGUCAAGGUCUCCCAGCCAGUCAGUGCAGAGUCCACGCGCUUAGGCUCAGAGUUACGCUUCCGCAUCUUAGAUGCUCUGGGGUCCCUGCCCAUGUGGGUGUCCCUGCCCAUGUGGGUGUCCCCACACAUCUGUGUGUCCCUGACCGUGCCAAGAAUGAUAAAGGAUGAGACAACAGAAAGAACUCGAGGGACAGCCCCAUCCCAACCCCCGCCUGUCUGCAGACAGACCAUGAACAGGGAGCUCUUAUCUGUGCUGACUGCUUUGUGUUUGCCCAGGGACCAAAGUCCUGGUCCCUGUUGAGACAUGCUCCCUGUGAGGACUGGGCAAACAGUGGUCGUGGUGGAGGCCAAGUUCUAGUUCAUCACUUCCUGCCUCGUUACCUUGAGACUAUUUCUGAAUUCCCCUGAGCAUCAAUUUCCUCCUCUGUGCAGGUAAUGUUUAACCACAUCUUCCACACGGGGCUUGCUGGGAGGAGCAAACAGAGAGGUGUAUAAAAGGAGUGAAUUUACGGCUGCUUCCUCCAUGCCAGGUGCUGUACUGUGACUCCAGAACCAAAAGAUCUGGGUUCAAUUCCCAGGCCCACCUCUUACUAGCUGUGCAUCCUUAGGCAGGUUCCUGGACCUCUCUGGGCCUCAGUUUCCCCAUGUCUACAAAGGGAAUGAUAAUAAUUGCACCUUCCAUGUUCCUCAGUUGGGGAAGGGUGGAACCUAUGGGCAGAAGGGCCCAGGGCAUGGUCUCUAAAGACUCAAGGAAUUGGGGGCAAUCAUGGUGACUUCUGGUGACCUCAGUAAGAAGGCGAACUGGGAGCCGUGACUGUCACUAAGACAGCCAAACUCUAAUCAGCAUCUUGGGGCCGGGACAUCUUGUAUCUGUGUAUCAGGGCAAUGAGCAGUAAUCAAGGUAACGCCCCAAUUACCAGCUCUCUGGAGAUCAGCUCCCCCCUCCCCUCUUGGGGUGGCCAAGAUCGGUGUGGUGCCUGCCUUGGGCUCAGAGGAGACUGAGCCAGAAUUGGUCAGUGUUUAUCCAGCAGUAAGAGGCAGAAAAUGCCAGCUCUGGGAGCUGUAUCCCUGCCUCCAUCAGGGAUGGCUGGCCAGGCCGCACUGCACACAGCCAGGGGGAGUGUGUGCAUUUAUUCUUCCAUUCAGCAAAUAUCUAUGGACCCCCCCACCCCGGCUACUGUGUGCCAGGCGCUGUGCUAGGCUGUAGGGCUAUAGCAGUGAACAGGGUGGGCACAGCCUGUAGGAACUGGUGUUCUCUGGGGGAUUUGGACUGUGCACAGGACACAUGCGUGUGUGACAGGCAGUGAGGAGUAAGUGCCAGGAAGAGAAAUAAAGCAGAAGAAGGGCUUGCAGAGUGAGGGAGGCUGGCCGCUGGUCCUGAGCAGGUGACGUCUGCACUCAGGUCCUCAGGCGCAGCCUCCUCCCUGGGGGCACUGGUACCUUCUGAGGAUGGGCGUGGCUUCCAGGAUCCUAGAUGGAGUCACCCGGCUGCCCCUCCCAUGGACAUUUGGACUUAAUGUGUCCGCAGCCAAUGUGAGCGUCCACAUUGCCAUAAGGUGGCUGUUAGCACAGGAUGCCAGCCUGUCCCGGAGAUGGUGCACCCCCUUGGGGCUCUGGCCCAGCCGAAUCCCACGAAGGAGGUUCACGGUCUCCAGCCCCCUCCCUCCCCUCUCAGACAAGGCUGUGUCUCUCACUCUGCAAGCUCCCGUGGGCUUCAGCCACAGCUGAUGACCUGCAAACCGGUCUCUAGCGUGAGCCUUCCUUCUGAGCUCCAGGCCGCUAGGACAUACUGCCUCCUGGAUGCCUCUUGGGGCCCGUCGCCUACUUGGACUCACCAGGUCCACAGUAUGGUGAAGUGCAUGGUCUUCCGCAGCAAGACCAUGCCUUUCCCGGCACCCGCCACUGUCCAUCCGCCCGUGCUCCAGCCCAAGGCCACCUCCCUGCUCCCAGCUCCCAGCCACCAGUCAUCACCAAGUUCUGCCACGUCUACCUCCCAAACAGAGCUAGAGCCUGGCUUCUCUUCUGCAGGUCGAGCGGCACCGCCUCUUCUGUCAGCUACUCCUGCACUCGUUCUCCACACGCAGGUCAGAGUGGGCUUUCUGGAAAGCAGCUCCUCUCCUGCCCAGUAGCCUUCAGUGGCUCCCUACUGCCCUGAGGAAGGAGUCUGAAUCGCUUACCACCCCUGGUAGACAGUGUUGUCUUCCGGCCCUUCUGACUGCACUGCUCUCAUCCCCUAUGACCCCUAUCCCUCACUGCAGCCAAGGGCCUGUCUUGUAGGAUGGGAAAUGGGCCGCGUCCUCCCUAUCUUAGGAUCCUUCAGAAUCUGUAAAAUGGGUUUAAUAAUUGUACUCAUCUCAUACGGGGUCUUAAAGCAUCCUAGAACAGUACCUGGCAUGAAGGAAGCACUGUAUAAGUGUACAAGUCAGAAUAAAGUAAAGUACAUAAGCUCAUUUAUCGAGUACCUGCCCUGUGUGGGGCACCGGCUAGGCGUUCUGCUUCCAGAAGAUGGAGCACGUCCCCUGCCCUCACGGAGCCCACCGUGCCUUCUGGGGGACAUUCUUCCUUCCUCUCCACAUGCCGCCGUCCCUCCCCUGGAGGAUUCUUCUUCAUUUACCUGCCCCCUGGCCCCCCACCAACCCUGUAGGACCAGGUGGCCCUUCCUCGCCCCUCCUCAUGUCCUCAACAGCCUCUUGCGUAUCUGAUGAUGCCUGACCUCACGCUGGUCCUUCCCACAGCCCGCUCCAUCUUGGUGGGUGGCACCUGCAUCCUUUCAGUGGCUCCGGCCGAAAGCCUCAGAGUCAUUCUUGACCCCUACUUGUCCCCUUUUCUCUGACGCAGCCCCCGAACUCCAUUCUGUCAGCAAAGCCUGUUGACUCUACCUUCACAGCAGAUCUAGAAUUUAACCUCUUCUUACCUCUUCUUCCCUACAACCCUGGUGCACCUGGUACCUGGUGCCUGGGCUAGUCCAGUGGCCUCCUCAUGGGUCCCUGCUUCUGCCCUUGACCCCAGAGGCCAGAGGGAGCCUUUGAAGUCUCACCUCUGUGCCCCAAAUCCUCCAGUAGCUUCUCUCCUCGCUCAAAUAUUUGUUAAGGGAAAGAAGGAAAAAAGGCACGACUGAAUGAAUGAAUGGCCUUUUCCACAUCUGUAGUAGCUGGCACGCAGUAGGUGCUGAGAAAACACCUGCAGCAAGAAUACAUGGGGCCCCCUGCGAGGGGGUGAGGACCCGAAGCACACAGUAGGCGCGGGGGGAGCCUGGUGGGCUCUUUGGCCGAGGUGUCUGGUUCUUGCUGCUGCCGCCCCUCCCCUCCACUCUCUGGGCUGGGGGUGGGGCAGGCAGGCAGAGCCCAGGCCAUUUUGGGGCCCUGGCCGGACUUCCUCACUAUCCUGGGUGGGGCUGGUGAUGUGGCUUUCACUUCUGGGAACCCUAGCUGGACGGCAGUUCUGGGAAGGCUGCUGACCCGUGGAGAAGUGUACCCCUACCCCCCCUGCCAGACCAGCUCAGCAGACGCUUCAGGCCAGCGUAAGAUUGUGGAGUUUCAGGGGUCAGCGGCUCCAGAGGGAGGUCACCCGCAGCGCCUGCUGUCCCAGGAUUCCUAUCCACAUGCCUCUUGCCAGAGGACCGGCUGCAUCCUGUCUGCUGAUCCAGCCUCCCACCCCCUCCACGUCGGUUUGCAGCCAAGAGAGGGGAGAGGACCCGGAGGCCUGCACACCCCACUGGCUUCAGGAAGAGCCCCGCUGGGUCGCUUCUGUGCCGCUGCUGGCUUCUGACAUUUCAAGACUCGCCACUCAUCUCCCCGCAAAUAAAAAGAGCGCUGUAGGAUCUCCCAAUGGGGUGGCUUCACUCUGGGCUCACGUUUUCGGUGGGCUGUCUGAUCCUGGUGUGGGCGGCAGGCUGUGGCUCCUGCUGCUCAGAGGUCUCCUGUGUCUCCCCAGGGAGCGUGAGGGUCCUGCAGGGGCCCACCUGCUUCUCCGACUAUGUCAACAUCUCCACCUGUGAGUGGGAGAUGGCCCGGCCCACCAACUGCAGAGCUGAGCUCCGCCUCUUCUACCAGCUGAAAUUCUUCUACUUUGAAAACCACACGUGUGUCCCCGAGAACAGAGCUGGCGCGGUGUGCGUGUGCCAUAUGCAUAUGGAUAACGUGGUCAGUGUGGACACCUACCAGCUGGACCUGUGGGCUGGGGAGCAGCUGCUGUGGAAGAGCGCCUUCAAGCCCAGUGAGCAUGUGAAACCCCUGGCGCCCAGAAACCUCACUGUUCACGCCAACAUCUCCCGCACGUGGCUGCUGACGUGGAACAACCCGUACCCUCCUGAGAAUCACCUUUACUCCGAGCUCACCUACCUGAUCAACAUCUCAAAUGAGAACGACCCCACGGAUUUCAGAAUUUAUAACGUGACCUACAAGGGGCCCACCCUCCGCUUUGCAGCCAGCACCCUGAAGUCUGGAGCUUCCUACAGCGCCCAGGUGAAGGCCUGGGCUCAGAGCUACAACAGCACCUGGAGUGAGUGGAGCCCCAGUGCCAAGUGGCUGAACUACUACGAGGCGACCUUGGAGCAGCGCCUCCCGCUGGGCGUCAGCAUCUCCUGCGUCGUCAUCCUGGCUGUCUGCCUGUCCUGCUAUGUCAGCAUCAUCAAGAUUAAGAAAGAAUGGUGGGACCAAAUUCCCAACCCAGCCCACAGCCCCCUCGUGGCUGUUGUCAUCCAGGAUUCUCAGGUGUCACUGUGGGGGAAGCGGUCCCAAGGCCAGGAACCAGCCAAGUGCCCACACUGGAAGACUUGUCUUGCCAAGCUUCUGCCCUGUUUACUGGAGCAUGGCAUGGAAAGGGAUGAAGAUUCCUCCAAGGCUGCUAGAAAUGAGCCUUUCCAGUGUCCUGGAAAAGUAGCAUGGCACCCCAUGGAGGUCAACAAGACAAUCCUCUGGCCAGAGAGCAUCAGCUUGGUUCGGUGCGUGGAACUGUUUGAGGCCCAAGUGGAGAAUGAAGAAGAGGAAGUGGAGGAAGAUAAAGGGAGCUUCUGCCCAUCACCUGACAGCAGCGGGGGCAGCUUCCAGGAGGGCAGGGAGGGCAUCGCAGCCCGGCUGACAGAGAGCCUGUUCCUGGACCUUCUCGGGGGCGAGGUUGGGGGCUUUAGCCCACAGGGCUUGGAGGAGUCCUGCCUUCUUCCACCUUUAGAAAAUCCAAGUGUUCAGAGGCCCUGGGCCACGUCCCCAAGUGUGGGGCCCCAGGAGGCAUCGUCUGAGGACAAGGAGCCUUUGAACCCAGAGUCAAGUCCUCCAACCCAGAGCCCAGCCAGGCUGGCUUUCCCAGAGAUGCCCGGCAUCAUCACAGACAACCCCACUUACCGCAACUUCAGCACCUUCCUGAGCCAGUCCUCAGGCCCUGGAGAGCUUGACUCAGACCCACAGCUGGCCGAACACCUGGGGGAAGUGGACCCCAGCAUCCCCGCCGCCCCUCAGCCUGAGCCAGAAACAUGGGAGCAGAUCCUGCGCCAGAGCGUCCUCCAGUGCAGGGCAGCCCCGGGCCCCGCCUCGGCCCCCAGCAGUGGCUACCGGGAGUUUGUGCAGGCGGUGAAGCAGGGCGGCGCCCGGGACAGCGGGCUGGAGGGCUUUGGCCCUUGCGGAGAGGCUGGCUACAAGGCCUUCUCCAGCGUGCUCACUGGCACCGCUAGCUGCCCGGGGACAUCUGGGCUUGAGCCCAGCAGUGGGGAGGGGGGCUACAAGCCCUUCCAGAGCCUCACUGCUGGCUGCCCCAGAGCCCCUGCCCCAGUCCCUGUCCCCCUGUUCACCUUUGGACUGGACGUGGAACCCCCUCACAGCCCUCAGGACUCACUCCUCCCAGGCAGCACCCCAGAGUGCCCUGGUUUGGAGCCAGUGGUCAAGGAACAAGACAGCCAGAAGGCCCUGCUAUCCCCGGAGCCAACCACAGACCCCCCCGGGGAUGACCUGGGCAAUGGCAUUGUCUACUCAGCCCUCACCUGCCACCUGUGUGGCCACCUGAAGCAAUGCCACAGCCAGGAGGAACGUGGCAAGGCCCACAUCGAGGCCAGCCCCUGCUGUGGCUGCUGCCGUGGGGACGGGUCCUCACCCCCGGUGAGCCCCCUGAGGGCCCUGGACACCCAGCUCGGUGGGGCUCCAUUGGAGGCCAGCCUCUCUCCGGCCUCCCUAGCACCCUUGGGUGUCUCAGAGGAGGGUAAGUCCCCCCUGUUCUUCCAAACUGCCCCCAACAAUGCUCAGAGCUCAAGCCAGACCUCCACGGUGGUGGCCAUGCUCUCCCCAGGGCCCACGUGCACGGACGCUUCCUAGGUGCGUGCCCACUUCUUGCUGGAGUCUACAAGCGAGGACUGGGCCUUACCCAUGACUGCGAAAUGCCUCCCUCCAGAAGGCAGCCCGGCUGGCAGGGUUCCGAAAGACUCAGGGAACCCUGCUAUGAAGUGGUGAAGUUGUCCAACACUGGGGCUACGGAGACCGGCCGUCCCCGGCUCCCAACGUUGGCCCGGGCUCGCCACGUCCCAUGGGAGUGGAGGCACCUGCAGAGACCAGGAGGUUCCCGGGCGCCUUGGCUUGUGAAUGAGCUGUUGGUCAUUUCACGGGUCCACAGCUGCCCCAGUGGACUAUCGCUGUCACGCUCAAGGUGUGUUUUGUCCACCGAGUUGCUCUGUUACUCGUGUCUUGCCCAGGCCUGGGGUUAGCUGCCACCAUCUCACUGGAUCGGAUGCUGAGCCUAGAAGCUAACCAAGCCAAUGGGAGAAUGACUUGGGAGGCCUUGGGAAACUGAGGUCCAGAAAGGGUGGUCAUUUGCCCAGAGACGCCUGUUCAUUUAAGAGGUUGACACUGGCAGCAGAGCCUGAGCUGCGGAGGGGCGCUUAGUCAAGUGGAGUUAACGAGGACAUGAAAAAUUGUGAUUACCGAGCAGUGACGGCGUGCUGCCAGUUUCCCACACAGCUGUAAGGUUGGGGGUUCCUGUUAAUCACUGGAUCCCCAGAACAAGCAUGCCUGGUGACCUUGGGGCCGGUGUGUGCCCCCAUGCGUGCCGUUGCUGGCAUCGGUGGUUCAGAGGGAGUGGCUCAGCUCUCCUGAUCCAGCGAGCUGGGCGUCCAAGAUGCCGACACCAGGCACGUCACCUGCACCUCGGCCCCGACCUCAGGUUGAGUAAUGUGCAUUGUUCGUGUGCAUCUCAAAAAUUGUUUCAUCACCUGGUGUUUGUGUUUGCUGAGGAGGGUAGAAUGGGAGGGGAUGGAGUUUUGUAUAAAUAAAGGUUCUUUACCUCCUUCCCCACCCUCCCCACCCCAUUUAUUAAACAAACAUACUGCCAGGCACUGUUGCGAGUGCUUUAUCUCUAUUAACUCAUAGAAUCCUCCCAUCCAGAGGUACUGAGACCAACCCAAGAGGUUAAGUAACUUCCGGUCUUCUUGGGUUUCCCUGAGACCAGGAUUCAACUGCAGUUUGUUGAAAUAGGUGGCGAUCCCAGGAAGCCCUGCUUGGAGAGCGGGGAAAGGAGGCAGGGAAGGGCAGGAGGCAAUAAAAGGUGUUAUCGCACAGAGUGCCAGCGCGGGCAACAGGUGCUUCACGCCGCGGGGGAGCUCGGGCAAGCCAGGCACAGCGCAUGCCUAGAGGUGGGGAGCUAGCUGUUUGUCCACCAACUCCCAUCUGUCAUUGGUGGAGGGCUGCUGCCAGGGGCAACUCCCCAGCACUUCCAGCUGCUCCAGGAAAAAUUCCUCCAAUUGAGAGCUGGGGGGGUGGGGGAGGAGCGGUGUUGGAGCAGCUUUGGGCACGUGGAGAUGUGGACAGGGCUGUGAUUGGCAGCUGCCCCUUUGCCAAGGUCACACAGCUAGUGGCAGACCCAUAGCUGAGCCGUUGCUCAGCCUCUUUGUAGAUGAUCCGUGCUUAACAUCUGGGCGGUCGGUGUAUGGAGUGGGCCUCAGACAGGCAGGCAGGGGAUCUUAAGCUCCUUUGUCUGCGAUCACUCUGACUCACCCUGACCGCCACGCUUGCAAAAUGAAGGGCUCGGCUGUUCGAGGUUCCUUCCUGCUCUGGCAUUCUACGUAAUACAUUACAGAGGUGAUGGGGACCUCACUACCUCACAUGCAGCCUAAUGUUUGUGAGAACUGCCUCCUUUGUGCUGAGCCCAAAUCUAUCCCUUUAGCUGCCUGAGUCACCACCCCACACCCACGGUUUGCAGAUGAGGGAAACUGCUCUAGAGAGGAAAAGGGACUUGCCAACGUCACACAGUGAGUGGCAGAACCUGAACUAGCCCUCUGGGCCUUUUGUCUUCAAGAGUUCUUUGUAAUAAAAUAUAAUAAUUUAAAAUAAAAAUAACUAGUUAGGACCAAGCAAUUUGCUUGGUGUCGUACGCUGACUGUGUCACAGCUCUAGCGAGCAGGUUAUUAUCCCAACUUUACAGAUAAGGGAGCAGGCCCAGAGAGGUUGAGGUUUAGCUUAGGGCCACACAGCUGGGAAGUCCGGGAGCCAGGAUUUGAAUCCAGGUCUGAUUGCAGAGCUCCCAGCCACCAUGGUGUGCCACCUCAUGUACAGCGUGGCACUGACUCGAUUGUCAGCUCUGAUUAACCCGCGGGUCAUCUCAGAAAAUCAAAUUUUAAAACUAAGCAGCCAGUGGAUAGGACUCGGUGCUUUCACUGCCGUGGCCCAGGUUCGAUACCUGGUCGGGGAACUAAGAUCCCGCAAGCCUCGCGGGGUGACCAAAAAUAAAAUAAAAACUAAAAAAACCAAGCAGCCAACCGAGAAAAUAUAUUUGGGUGAGUGCUGGAGAGCUGGUUGGAUUGCAAGUCCAACAGAAUUGAGACUGACUUAUUCUAUCCCCAGGACCUUAGGAGGAAGACACCCAACUUGUCAGCUGAGGCUCAUAUUACAGACUCCGCGGGGCUUUGGGAAACUAGAAUGGAGAACUAGGCAGAGACACCUCCCAUCUCUUAUCCGGAUUUCAACCCACCCUCCCAGGUUCAGGGAAGCUGGAGAGAGGUCACCGUUCUGGCUUCCCCAACCCCCUUCUCCAUCUUAACACAGGGAAGGAGGAAGCGGAGAGAGCGGGAAACACAUCCCACUGAUGUUUACUGAGAACUUACUAUGGGCCAGCCACUGUGCUGGAUGUGAGGAGACUGAGUGACACAAAGUCCCUUCCCUCUUGGAUCCUACAGUUCAGUGGGGUAGACAGAAAUGUAAAAGACAAAAGGAAAAAAUAGGAGUCUGAGAUGGGGGGGUUAGUGGAGAGGUCUUUAAGGAGGUGACAUGUGAGCUGAGCCUUCAGUGACUAGAAGAACCAGGAUGGACUGGAGGAAGAGCAUUCCAGGCAGAGGAUAGAGCAAGUGCAAAGGCCCUGAGGCACAAGGAGUUUGGCGUGUUCCCAGUAAGAAAGAUCAGCUACAGCGCAGUGAGCCAGGGACAGUGGUGAGAGAUAAGGUCAGGCAGGAUGGGGGACUGGAGUGAGGAAUUUAUAUUUUGGCUUAAAUGCACAUUAGCCCCACCCACUGAGAAACAUGGUCCAAUAGACACCCAUCUCUCUUCAAUCUCUCCAGUCCCAAACGUAAUCCAUCUAUAAGCAGGAGCCCAGGAGAGGAAGUGGAGGCACUGGAGAUGUUCCUCCAAUAGGACUCCCUCUCACCUCGCAGAAGUGGAGAACUAAGGUUCCUUCUGACAACAGUGACGGGGGUGGUUAAAAUCCUCCUUGCUGCUCUUCUCACUCAGGAGUGAAGUGAAUCCCACCAGAAAUGUGUUGAUUAGCACAGGGGAGUGGCUGGCCGCCAGGGUCUUCCUUGGGAAUUUCUUUGAUAAAAGACUUUUAAAAAUCCCCUUAAAAUCUGAUCUUGACCUCCCAGGCAUGUCUCCAAGUUAGGCAGGGAACCCAAGGGUCUUCGGGGUGUGAAUUCCCAGCCCCCAUCUCUGCUCUCUCUGUCUCCUUUGUCCUGCCUGUGUCUUCAUUUUUUUCAUUUGUAAAAUAAGAAGGAUAAUAAAAUCUGCAUUGGAGCGUUGUCCUGAAGAUAGUCUACAUUAUCAUCAUCUUCAUCAUCUCCUGGGUUUACUCCAACCUGGCGGGGGCACAGGUAACAAGAGUGAAAAGGUACAACCAGCUUAGAAAUCUAGAAUUCUCAGCCUCAGCGACUGCUCUGGGCUUCCUCCCGUGGACCAAAACCAACCAAACAAACAAAAUGUUGCCUGCCGUUUCAGUCAACAAAGAAUGGUGUCUGCAUUCUGGUAAACAAACAUAGUGCCCGCCAUCAAGCCUUCAGCCACUGCAGCUGCCCCAGGACAGUGAGCCCCGAAGGGAAUUCGGGAGAAAAACAGGAUACGCGCCCUAGACAGUUAAGAUGCCCAGACUCUCGCAUCUUCCCAAACACAGAAAAGCACUAAGAUCAUUAACUUGAGAUGUCUGCUUUUUCUUGUGAUUAGCAAUAAUCUUUCGACGUUCUACUACAUGUUUUGUUUUGUUUCAGCAAAAACUCCUAUGGAUCCAGGCUGCUCUCUUACCUCUUCGGAACAGUUCCUCAGAGCGCUGAGAGGCUGUAUCCCAGGCUAUAUAGUUCUCAGUAACGUCCCUGAAUAAAACAUAAUUCUCAGCUUUUA